GUGUCAGCAGCAGCCGAGCGGAGCGGAGAGAAGCCGCCCGUCAGCCCCCUCAGCCGUGGUCCCGGGGGAUGCUCGGCGCUUCCAUCUAUAGUCAGACGCCGCCGCCCCGCUCCCGUAUAUAUAAGCCUCGCCGGCUCGUCCCAGCCCGCCGCAGCCGCUGCAGACUCCGCUCCCUCCGCCAUGGCCCCCAAAAAAGAGGUGAAGAAGGAAGCCGCCAAGCCCGCUCCCCCGCCCGCGGAACCCGAGCCGCCCAAGGAGCCGGCCUUCGACCCAAAGAGUGUGCGGAUUGAAUUCAGCAACGACCAGAUUGAAGAAUUCAAGGAAGCUUUCGCCCUUUUCGACAGGACCCCGUCCUGUGAGAUGAAGAUCACCUACGCCCAGUGUGGUGAUGUGAUGCGAGCCCUUGGGCAGAACCCCACCAAUGCCGAGGUCAUGAAGCUGCUCGACAAACCCAAACCGGAAGAGAUGAACCAGAAGAUGUUGGACUUUGAGACCUUUCUACCAAUGCUGCAACACAUCUCCAGAGGCAAGGACCAGGGCACUUUGGAAGAUUUUAUAGAAGGUUUGAAAGUCUUUGACAAGGAAGGGGACGGCACGGUGAUGGGGGCCGAGCUUCGCCACGUCCUUGCAACGCUGGGAGAGAAGAUGUCGGAGAGCGAGGUGGAGCAACUGAUGGUGGGGCAGGAGGACUCCAACGGCUGCGUCAACUACGAGGCUUUCGCUAAGCACAUCUUAUCAGGAUGAAAGGCAUCAGACCGCGAGUUUACAGUGCAAUUGCUGGUGAAGAAGGUGCCGCAUGACCAAUCUCUCCAUCAACAACUGCUGCUGCUGCUGCCACCCUGAUAAUACCCAGCAAGUGAACACCUAUCACCGGCUAGACCCGCCGUUAACACUGGACUCUGCCUGCUCUCCUGAUUGUGCUGUGUCGGGUCUCAGGACAUGCUCCAUCACUCUCAGCCUAUCUCCAACUGGCCAGCUACUUGUAUCUUAAUUUAUGAGUUUAUACCACAAAUUAAAAUUGAAAAAACACUU